ACACAGGGACAGCGAUGGAUCGUGUCAGAUACGCGAUGCUACGACUGGUGGGAGCUAGCGAGUGCGUGGGGACUCAAUGGCGAUGAUCGCUCUGCGUUUCCAAAAAAUGCUUCCAAGGCACUUCAGAGGACCGAGAAAGCAGCUGCCACGGGACAUCAAGCCGAGUGGGUCGUGGAAUUGAUGGCGGAGCAAAAAGUGUUUGUCUUGCCCAGAGGACCGGAAAGGCUCCACAGGAUCAUGUCCAGUCUCGAGUUUUGGUCCGCGUUUGGGCUCGCACCCAUCAAGGCCAGGCUAGAGUAGCCGUGCCGAGAUAGCUCCUGACAAGCUGUCGUACAAGACGAAUGCACCCUGGUGGCAAUUUUCACUCUGCACACUCGGCCAUCGAUGUUCCUUCAUUGCGUCUGCGCUCUGGCUUGCGCUCUUGUCAUCGGCGCACAGCAGUAUCGAUUGGCAGAGAUUGAUGCACUUCUCUACCGCAUCGAAGCAAGGGGUACGGCCUACUGUCCCACUCUCGGCAAUACUGCUCUCGGGACGGGAUCAGCUCAGAUCGUGCUCCUCUCUCGCAACGGUCGAGACUUUCAGUACCGUCCGUUGGCCUACUCGAAUGCCGAUAAGCUCAAUGUCGAUGAAGUUCAGCGCGAUUCCGAGCGCAGAGUCAAAUUUGCAGUGGCAUCGUUUGUCGUCAACGAAGUCGGAACAGAUCAAGCGUUCUGGCUGUCAGACCAAGAUCGGACAUGCUGUCAUAUCAGAUCGACCUAUACUUUCACGCUCGGCACGCAAGUUCACUAUCUCGACGCUGCCAAUACGGCUCAGACAUUUGUAGAGUGCGGCGGGCCAUCUGCACCUAAAUUGAGCUGCAGUGAGACAAUGUCUCGUAUCGACUGCGCAGAGCCAUUCCGGACUGUCCGACUCAUCGAUGUGCCCGAUCAAGAUAGACCGACCAUCACAACUUAUGGUCUCUCGGUCCGAGCAAGCGCAAUCUGUCCUCUCCCGCGUAUCGGAUUCUAUCAUACGCCCUAUUACCCGACUAUCAUCAGGCCCACUCCCGGCGGGGUGCAGAUUGCCGUGAUUGCCAAGCCAGCCUCUAUCUACCCUGCUAUUGCAUCAUUUUGGCAUUUCGGAUUUGCAUCUAGGGUCGCGCUUUUGCGUAAUGUUGUGCUCUGGCACGACCAGAUCGAGGACAGCCUGCUGCAACUCCAGAUCACACUCAGGGAUUUUGGCUAUGCUCAGCAAUCGUGGGAUCCAGUCGACAGAGUUUGCUGUCGCGUCGAAUCAUCAGCCACGACGAUCAACUUGGGCUUGUUCCGUCCCUUCUCAGAAGUCAUCGAUCCCAUCUCAGUCAUGUCGAUCGAAUGCAACCCGACUGCGGCUUUUCGUCCUUCCAAGGCAUGCACUUCCGAAUACGCUCAUCCCGGGCGCUUCGCCUGCGAUGAGAUCAAGCGAACUUUCAUACUUGAGCCUCUAGCUCAUAUCUCGCCAAGCGCUCGCGCAGUGAGCUGAGUGUAGCUGUGACGCAUAGAAGCAUUGCAUUUGAGGCUCCACUGCAUCGAGCGACUUGAUCAGCGUCGACACGUCUUC